CACCGGAAGAGGUGUGUGUGCGCCGUUCGCUGUCAAUGCAAACGAAAGAGAAGAGUCACAGCUAAACCCCUCAUUAAAGACAAGAUGGCAGGACUGCCCCGUAGGAUCAUUAAGGAGACUCAGCGCUUGAUGGCAGAGCCUGUUCCAGGCAUCAAGGCGGAGCCUGACGAAGGUAACGCCCGCUACUUCCAUGUGGUCAUCGCCGGGCCCCAAGACUCGCCCUUCGAAGGCGGCACGUUUAAACUUGAACUCUUUCUUCCCGAGGAAUACCCCAUGGCAGCUCCGAAAGUACGCUUUAUGACCAAAAUAUACCACCCCAACGUAGACAAGCUGGGAAGAAUAUGUCUAGACAUAUUGAAAGAUAAAUGGUCUCCAGCCUUACAGAUCCGCACAGUUCUGCUAUCAAUCCAGGCAUUACUAAGCGCUCCUAACCCUGAUGAUCCUCUAGCGAAUGACGUUGCGGAGCAGUGGAAAUCCAAUGAAGCUCAAGCCAUAGAGACAGCCCGGACCUGGACCAGGCUUUACGCUCAGAACAACAUAGAAGUUUAGAAAAGGCGACAAGCUGAGCGAAACCAAGCGGGAAGUCAGUGUGAACACAAAUUCCUCAUGUUCUGCCAAGACCACUUCUUCUUCCUACUUCAUUUGCAUUUAAAGGACACCGUCUUGGAGGAAAAAAAGUUAUUAAAAUAAAAA